GGGCAGUGUAGUGCGAUAGGGGUAGGGCAGUGUAGUGCGAUAGGGGUAGGGCAGUGUAGUGCGAUUGGGGCACGGCAGUGUAGUGCGAUAGGGGUACGGCAGUGUACUGCGAGUGGAUUUUCCCCAAUUUCUUUUCCAUUCAUCUCGGCAUGGGCGGGCAGUCAGCCGAAACGCUGAAGCUGCUCUGCAGUCUCCCUGGCAUUGAGCAGACCAUCCUAACCCAGUUGCAGGCAAUCACGGCACACGUCAGCGAGUCAAGAAACCGAGAAGCGUGCCUAAAUCGGCGUAUUAACGAGCUCGCAGCCCAAACGAGCCCACACCAGACCAAACGAAGCUUGCUAACACCAGCACGAACAGUACACUACUUGCUAUCAUGGAGUGUGGCUGGUGCACUGUUCAUGCUCAUGUUUUCUAGCAGUGUACGGUCUCGUCUGCUCCGAAGGAGAACCAAAACGAGGUGCGGAUCUGUCCAACAACGCCAUGCAUGAAGCUACAAAUAUGACACUAAGCAGCGGUUUGACCAGAGUACGCCGUAUCCGCAUCAGCCUCUGUGGUCAGUUUGGAACCGGCAAGACGAGCCUGGCGGAUUCGCUCAAGAACAAACAGUUCGUGGACAAGAGCGCAAGUACACCGGCACUUGCUGUUGAUCAUGACAAUGUGCACCACGGAUCAGGAAACCUGACGGAUUGAAAGUUCCAUGCUGCAUUCCUCUAUACUCUGGACAUCCUUGUCCAGGCUAAAGAUCUUGAGAAGAAACACCAGCAACGGGAACAAGAAGCGGCAAUCCCGAAGCGAGCUGGGUCUACAGGCCUCCAGCGUACGGGAACAGCAACGCAAGAGGCAGCAUCACCAGCUGCAAAGCAAACGUUAAAACUUGGCAAAGGUCCAGAAGCAGCACCCAGCUCAGCUGAAUUGACACAGAGCCUCAUCAAUGUCAUCUUGGAGAACCAAGAGCUGAUGCGAGACAUUGGAGAAGAAGAAGUCGUGGUGUCCAUCUGGGAUUGCGGCGGCCAAUCAAUCUUCUCAAGCCUGCAGCACUUCCUAAUGGGUAAAGAUUACGUCAUCUAUAUAUUCUCUGUUUCAACGCCUCAGAAAACUUCCAGCUCACCAAACAGCAGAACUACUGGAAGUGGUCAGGGAGUACACUGUCUGAAAUGACUCUGGACGUACCGGAGGAGCUGGAGAACAUCGACCACAUUCGGCACUGGCUAACAGCCAUCCACUUUGCCAGAAACCCAGGCAAGGCUGUGGGAAGCGAGGCGUUCGACUACCCGCCUGUGAUAUUGGUGGGGAACUUUGCCGACAAGCUGUCGACAGAUAGGACACUUUCGGAGCACAAGGUUGAUACCUUCAAGAAGCUGGGAAAGCUCUGCCGCCGGUCACCAACUUUCCAGGGUAUGCUUGAGAGCGAUGACAUUGAUCCCGCAGGGUUGUUCCUUGUGGACAACCACGAGUCCGGAGCUUCUCAAGAAGUUCAAGGAAUCCGAAAGAAGCUACAGGAUGCUGUUUCAUCGGUGCUGGCAAACAAGAAGAUUCCGACGGAAUGGGUUCGCUUUGAGAUGAUACUGGAGUAUCUCAAGAAACAACCCGCCCAGGAUGGCUACACAACACGAGGAUGGAUGCAGACACUGGUGGAGAAGGCCUGCAAGAUCCAGGAUGACUCCGGCAUGGACGGUGCUCCAUCCGAAUUUGAGCGUCUUCUUCGGUUCUACAACGACCUACGUGUCAUCAUCUAUCGGCCGGCAAACAAGAACUCGCCGCAGCCUGAUGACAUCAUCUUCCACAACACACAGUGGCUCAUCAGGCAGAUCAACGUCCUCGUCUUUGCCCAUAUGUACCCGGUCGAACCCGGCGGAGGUGAUGGCAGGACGGCAAAGGAAGCAGGGGCAGCAGAAACGCAGUGGCGCGACUAUCUGUGGAAAGAGGGUAUAGCACGCCGGCAACUAAUGGAGUGUGCCUGGAAAGCAGUCAAAAGAGAGGUUCGUAACAAGAUGCUGGAUGUGAUGGUCGACUGGGAUUUUCUGUACAAAUUCGGAGAUGCCUCGCAUGCAAAGUACUUCAUCCCAUCAGCUCUUCAACGUCGACCGCCGAAGAAAAUCGAGGAGGCCCUGCGCAGCUUCCAGCAGGACAAUGAGCCAAACGACGUCAGCUUCUCCACAGCUGACACACCGUUACUGAUCAUGGUUCAGCCACCAGGCAAGGCUCAUGAAGACUUCCUAGGCUACAAGUAUCCCGUUGCGGACACACCGAUGCCACACAGCUCCUACUUCAAGCUACUUGUACGGCUCAUGAGAAAGUGGGAGGUUACAAAUACCGACCGGAGUCACUGUGAGCUCACCUACAACACAGCCAGGUUUCGGCUGUGGCUGCCGAAGCAGCUCCGUGACCAGUUCCCAGGCAAGGUGGAAAUCUUCUUGGCUCACUACGACUCGUCAGGUGCGUCAGAGUCCCGGCCUUGCUACCUGCUGCAUCAGGCAUGGGUAUGCCACCAGCUAGCAGGGGUAUGUGAUCUAUUGCCGGCAGUUUGACCGCGAUCUCGUCUGUCUCUGUCUGUUGACAGAUGCAGUACUAUUAUUAUUAUUCCCUCAAAUGAUGACGUAGGUUAUUCCUGCGUGGAACAAACGCUUCCUGCCGAACUUGACACUAAGUUCCCUCAAAUGAUGAAUAUUUUUAAACAAUCGCGACUUGAUAGUUUUGAUUGCACUACAGCAAUGCCAUGGUGGCAGCAAUUCCAGAAUAAUUUCUUCUUGAUGACAUUGAUGUUGUUUCCCAGCGCAAACAUACAGCAAUUUUGGCAUUAUAAUUCAACCCUUUUAUCAAUUAUCCACAGACUUUUUCCGUGUUAAAUACCCUUGACAAAUGAAUAUUUUUUUAUCAAUACUUUUGAAUUCCUUGACCCUGUCGUGCAUUUCAAUAUCAAGAAUUCACGUGACAUACCACACUGUUUGUGAACGAAAGAUCAGUGGAAACACAAUCCAUACGA